UAUUAGGGAGUCAUAAACAUUCAAUAUGGCGGGGAUUUCGGAAACAAAUAGUAAUUUCUAGCUAAUUUGAGACAAAACAUCGAAAAUAAGGGAAUUUUUUCAAACAAAGGUAUAAAAUGUCAAAGAAAAAGAGGUGACAGUUAUGAAUGAUCCCUUGAAAUUCCUGCCUAUCGAUGUCACAAAAAUACGAGCACAAGAUGUCAUUGUGGUGGCAGCAGUUUGCAUUGCCGUAUUUGUGUUCAGAGCUCCUAAUGUUUGGGAGUUUCAGCCUUCCUGGCAGCUAGACACUGUUUCUGAUAUCAAAUACCAAACAGGGAAAAACAGGUUGCCUCUGCCCAUUAUUACAGAUCUAGAUAGUGAUGGAAUUAAUGAGUUGGUCAUUGCGACUGAGGAUUCAAGACUUAAAGUAUUGAUGCUACCUCCGCAGGAAGACCAUGAGUUGCCAUCCACUCUACCUCAUCUUCACUUAAAGACAGAAGUGAUGCUUGAAAGUAAUUCAUCCAAACCAGCUUUGCCUGUAGCUCUUGGAGCUGGAUGUGAACGUAGAAGUACUUCAUCCCUUGAUGUUUGUCAUCAGAUUUUAGUGGUUGUAACAGAUGAUGGGGUAGUGCAUUGUUUCACAGAUCAACUGGAGCUUAUGUGGAAGGCUAACAUAUUCACAGACCAUAAACUUUCAGAUUUAGGAUAUUUCAAGGAGAUCGCUGUGCUUGUUGUACCAGACUCUGGUCUGGUUUUGAUUGGAGGCAAAAUGGCUAAUGAACAGCAACAGCAAGACCAUUUAGAGCAUAACCAUCGACACAACUUGUCCACUGGUCUUACUGCAGAGGAGGUGGCUAAACUACCACCACGACGCCAUCGUAGUGUUAAAACGGUGACAGAAGAAAAGGAACACUUUUCAACGUACGCCUUUGACAGCAAAACAGGGGCGGCCCGCUGGAAACACGAACCAGGGGACUAUGAAACAGACAGAAUAUCCAGAGAGGAUCUUGUGUCAGCUUACCAUUUCAAGCUGGCUCUUCAUUCCAGUCAGUACCACGUGGGUGAAGUUCACUGGAGUCAAUACUCCGACUCACUAAUCGCGUCUUUACCCUACAGAUGGCAACAUCCCGCCGACACUGAGCUACAAACAGCUCACUUUGUUAAAAAGCACCCCGCACCCCCAUCCAAAACACCAAGAAAAGAUUUUAAAACAAGCGAUGGACCACACUUGAAAAGAGAAAAGCCAAACGCUGUGGUUAUAAAACGUGAAAAGUCCAUUGAGGUGUUAAGCCUCGACUCUGGGCAACCCCUCUGUUCCUACCCAGUCUCCAAGGAUGUCACAAGUGUAGGUGACGUAAACGGCGACAACGUCAUAGAUCACGUGACAACCUAUUUUACGUCAGAGAGUGUUGUCCAAUCAGAAAUCAGUCCGUGUUCUGCUGUUGUGACGUCAGGAGCAAAGACUUUGUUCAGUGGGUCUAUUUGCCGCGCUACUUCGACAUUGGGAAAUUUUUUUGAUUCGAUCGAUGAGGCAGAUUUCCGAGAUGAACCCAUGCCAGUGUCUCCGUUGCUUGUGCCAAGUCCGCCGGACAGAACAGGGAUUUUCAGCCAUCUGUCAGGGAAGACGUUUAAGCGACAGAGCAUCCGAAGUUUUGAUAGUGUCUUUGUAGUUGCGUCCGGACUACUGACGAGUUUUGGACCGUACGGAGAAUUUAAUUGGCAGGUAGACACAGGUGCUUCGUGGGCAAACUACAAACCGUCCGAAAGAAAGCCAGGAGCAGUUUUUGUGCCAAACAUUCAAGCUGUUUCCACAUCAGUAGGGGGAAUAAAAGAUGCUGUAUUGGUAACUGGCUUGAAAGACAUCUCACUUGUUUCGUUAAAGGAUGGUUCAUUACUGUCUUCGCACUCGAUACCGUGUGAACCGCUCUCUCCCAUCGUACACGGAGACUUCACAAAUGACGGUUUAAUGGACUUUGUUGUGCAUUGUAAAACAAGCUAUCUCGGCUUCUCAUUGGACAGUAGACCUGGAUACUGGUGGACAGUGGUGUGGAUCGCGUGUGGUCUGAGUGCAAUUGUGGUAGCAGUUCUGAUACUUCGUUGCAUCGAAGAAGUGAUUGCGUGACUACUGAAAAGUUUAACGCCACAUUAAGUUGUGUGACUAAGCCGUGUCACUGUCUCAGAUUCGCACGCUGCUCUGGUUUGUCCUCGGGAGUCGACUUUCUGGUCCUAUACCGUAUUCAACAGUAUCGCCUAUUGAUGGUGAUGUAUUAAUGACGACAGUAGAUUGGAAUUUGGAAGACCCUCUUGAGAAUGCAGUGUACACACGACUGAUUGCAGUUGAUGCUCCAGAGCUAAGUGCAGUUCAUUUUGUGAAGACAGAUGGCUUGCAGCAUAUGUUUGUAAGGGGACACCUAAGCUUGUGUGCAUUGUAUUUCUUUCUAAGCCAGUUUGCUUACGCAGGGUGCGCCGAGCUGUGUGAAAAUGGAAUGGAACGCCAAGAAGGUCUUUAUGGCCCUCCCAUAAAAGAAUUCCGGCUCAGGUUUAAGGCUCCACUUACAGAGAAAGAAGUAACAUUUUUCCCGAGACUAAAAGCGUUGGUACCUGCUAAAUCAGAGACAAGAAAGCGACUUACGUCACCAUAUGCUGUGUCCCAAGGUAGUCCAGACCAGCCAUUUCUCUUAUCAAUAAAUGCCUUAA